UCUUAAAGAACAUCCUCACUUACAAUAAGGAGUUCCCCUUUGAUGUUCAGCCUGUCCCACUCAGGAAGAUUUUAGCACCUGGAGAAGAGGAACACUUGGAGUUUGAAGAGGAUGAUGAAGAAGGAGGAGCUGGAGCAGGGUCUCCAGACUCUUUUCCUGCUAGAGUUCCAGGAGCCAAUGAAGGUACUUUAUUACCCAGAUUGCCAUCUGAACCCGGGAUGACAUUACUCACCAUCAACAUAGAGAAAAUUGGUCUGAAAGAUGCUGGGCAGUGCAUUGAUCCUUACAUCACAGUCAGUGUAAAGGAUUUGAAUGGGAUAGAUCUGACUCCUGUGCAAGAUACUCCUGUGGCUUUGAGGAAGGAGGAUACGUAUGUCCAUUUUAACGUGGACAUUGAGAUUCAGAAACAUGUUGAAAAACUAACAAAAGGUGCAGCUAUUUUCUUUGAAUUCAAACACUACAAGCCUAAGAAAAGGUUUACUAGCACCAAGUGCUUUGCUUUCAUGGAGAUGGACGAAAUUAAACCUGGGGCAAUUGUUAUAGAACUGUACAAAAAACCCACUGACUUUAAAAGGAAGAAAUUGCAACUGUUGACCAAGAAACCACUUUACCUUCACCUUCAUCAAACAUUGCACAAGGAGUGACCCGUUGUGAGACUUCUGUGAACUGAACCACAGGUCGUGGUAGCUGUGUGUAGUAUCCUUAGCCUUUGAGGGGCAGGAGAACGACUGUAUUCAUGCCAGUAGGUCAGACGGGACCAUCACACACUGCACAGCACUACUUCAGGGUCAGAGGCAAGCCCACCAUUCCAGUGCAAGAUUUUUUUUCAGUACCUUCCAGAUCCAGGUUUUUUCUGAGAGCCCUGAAAUACGUUGACUGCUUUUCCCGAAUUUUGCUGUUCAUCACUUUCUAUCCUAACCUUUUGCCUCAAACUCCACCCAAGAAGGGUGGAGACUGCCCCUUUGCCAAACCUGUAGCAAUAAAGAUGUGGCAGGCCUACUAACCUGUUUACACUUGCUGUGCCA